AUGGCUCCCCGCAAUUUAGCAGUUCUUCAUGCUCUAGACACGGCUCGCACGCAAUGGUACCACCUCACCGCGAUCGUGAUAGCAGGUAUGGGCUUCUUCACGGACGCUUACGACCUGUUUUGCAUCACCACGGUCUCGAAGCUCUUGGGUCGCCUUUAUUACUUUGAUCCUGCCACAAAAGCCCCGGGGAAACUCCCAGUUCGCGUCAACAACCUGGUAAUCGGUUUUGCCCUGAUCGGAACCCUAGCGGGCCAACUUUUCUUCGGUUUGCUCGGUGACAAGUUCGGUCGCAAACGGGUCUAUGGGAUCACCCUCACUAUUAUGGCCAUAUGUGCCAUUUGCUCCGGCCUUUCUUUCGGAUCCACUGCCAAAUCCGUCAUGGGCACGCUCUGUUUCUUCAGAUUCUGGCUUGGAUUCGGGAUUGGUGGCGAUUACCCUCUCUCCGCCACCAUCAUGUCCGAGUACGCGAAUAAGAAAACUAGGGGCGCUUUCAUAGCUGCGGUUUUCGCUAUGCAAGGCGUCGGGAUUAUUUUCGCGGGGUUUGUUUCCAUGAUCCUUUCCGGAGUGUUCCUCCAUUUCUAUCGCGCCCCAAAAUUUCAAGAUGAUCCUGUGUAUUCUACGCAACCCGAAGCGGAUUAUUUAUGGCGAAUCGUCCUCAUGCUCGGAGCUUUACCGGCCAUACUGACUUACUAUUGGCGAAUGAAAAUGCCUGAGACCGGUCGGUACACCGCGCUCAUAGAAGGGAACGCCAAACAAGCCGCUGCAGACAUGGGCCGGGUCCUGGAUAUCGAAAUUCAAGCCGAUCAAGACAGGUUGGGCCAAUUCAAGGCGAACAACGACUACAAGCUGUUCUCAAGCGAGUUUAACCGGAGGCACGGUAAGCAUCUCAUCGGCACGAUGAGCACAUGGUUCUUGUUGGACAUUGCCUUCUAUAGCCAAAACUUGGCACAGAAGGACAUAUUCCCGAACAUGAACCUCACAGAUCCGGCAAAGACGGUCAACGCUAUUAGGGAAAUGUUUCAGAUUUCUAAGGCCAUGUUUGUGGUUGCCUUGCUUGGGACAUUCCCGGGAUAUUGGUUCACAGUCUUCUUCAUCGAGAAGAUCGGUCGCUACUACAUCCAGCUUAUUGGCUUCUUCAUGAUGUCUGUAUUCAUGCUCAUCAUCGGAAUCAACUACACUGACCUCAGGAACCCUGCUAACCACAACACGUUCGCGAUUUUGUAUGCGUUGACCUUCUUCUUCGCGAAUUUCGGUCCUAACAGCACGACUUUUGUUCUCCCAGCCGAGCUGUUCCCAACGCGCGUUAGGUCCACAUGCCAUGCCAUGAGCGCAGCGGCGGGUAAGGCGGGGGCACUGGUAGCGGCCUUCGGGGUCCAGAGCUACACGCUCAGCGGAAGAACAACUAGAAUAAAACACGCCAUGAUGUUUUUGGCGUUCACAAACAUGCUAGGGUUCUGUUGCACGUUCCUGUUGACCGAGACGAAAGGCAGGUCGUUGGAGGAGAUCUCAGGGGAGGACGAGGGUGUGUAUCAGGGCGAGAUGGAGAUGUCGGAGGCGCAGGCGGAAGGUCGGUCGGCAGUCAUGUAG